GGGUUUUGCUUCCGGGUCUUGGGCUUUAGCCCUGUGCGCAGGGGCUUCUGGGAGCCAAGAGUCCUAACUUGCUUCUGUAUGAUCUUCGGAGGCUGCUGCAUCGGACCUCGGCCAAACAUAAAAGAUGACAACAGCAGCCAGGCCAACUUUUGAACCUGCAAGAGGUGGAAGAGGAAAAGGAGAAGGUGAUUUGAGCCAACUUUCAAAGCAGUAUUCAAGCAGAGACCUACCCUCUCAUACAAAGAUAAAAUACAGACAAACUACUCAGGAUGCCCCUGAAGAGGUUCGUAACCGUGACUUCAGGAGAGAGUUGGAAGAGAGAGAGAGAGCUGCUGCUAGAGAGAAAAAUAGAGAUCGCCCAACCCGAGAACAUACAACCUCCUCUUCAGUGUCGAAAAAGCCUCGGUUGGACCAGAUUCCUGCCGCCAACCUUGAUGCGGAUGACCCUCUAACAGACGAGGAAGAUGAAGAUUUUGAAGAAGAGAGUGAUGAUGAUGAUACUGCAGCUCUUCUUGCAGAACUGGAAAAAAUUAAAAAAGAAAGAGCUGAAGAGCAGGCCAGAAAGGAACAAGAGCAAAAAGCUGAAGAAGAAAGGAUUCGUAUGGAGAACAUUCUGAGUGGGAAUCCCCUCCUUAAUCUCACUGGCCCAUCCCAGCCUCAGGCCAACUUCAAAGUUAAAAGAAGGUGGGAUGAUGAUGUUGUCUUCAAGAACUGUGCAAAAGGUGUAGAUGAUCAGAAGAAAGACAAAAGAUUUGUAAAUGAUACAUUGCGAUCAGAAUUUCACAAAAAGUUCAUGGAGAAAUAUAUCAAAUAGUACAGUUUUAUGUGCUUAAUUAAAGACUGUAAAAUAUGAAGGAUCA